AUGGCAUCCUCAUUGCUGAACUCGCUCAAGCGCACAACAGCCUCACUGCUCUUGACACAGUCAAGGUUGGCUUCCGCUACAACCACGCGUGCUCUUUCAACAACAGCACUCACCCGCCAGGCUACAACCUCGACACCACCUCCCUCCGCCGACUCACCUUCUUCUACAGAUUCUGCUCCAGUGCCACCACUGAAGCUCUCAAAGGAGCAACGCGAGUUGCUCGAAGAGAUGAUCCGUGUCGAUCAAGCGGGAGAGCUCGGCGCCAAUUGGAUCUAUCGCGGUCAGUAUGCCGUCCUAGGAUCCGACAAGAAAGUUGGUCCUUUGCUCCAGCACAUGUGGGACCAGGAGAAACAUCACUUGAAGGUGUUUGACGGGAUUGUGAGUCAAUAUCGCGUACGCCCGACGGCAUUGCGACCCAUCUGGGAAAUGGCCGGAUUUGCAUUAGGUGCUGGCACGGCGCUGUUGGGCAAGGAGGCUGCCAUGGCCUGUACCGAGGCUGUCGAGACUGUCAUCGGAGGCCACUACAACGAUCAAUUGAGAGAGCUGCUGAAGAUCGAUCACCCAGACAUUGCCGAGCUGCGCAAGGUGGUGAAGCAGUUCAGAGACGACGAGCUUGAACAUUUGGAGACGGCAUUGGAGCAUGACGCACACAAGGCGCCACAACACGAGUUGUUGAGCAAUGCUAUCAAGCAGGGAUGCAAAGCUGCGAUCUGGAUCUCAAGCAAGGUCUAG